GGUUUUCGGCUUGCAUGUGCCUGUCAACGUAAACAGCUGUAUGUUUUUUUUUUGGUAAUAAUCACAAAAAAUAAUAAAUUGCAUGUAUUAAAUAAUUUAGACAAAUUUUUAUUAAUAAAAAACUAAAUAAAAUGUCCGAAGCAUUGGAGCAGCAAACAGAUGAACGAGAAGCGUUACAAUCUAUUUAUGAGGGUGACGAGGCUUUUAAAGAAAUUAACAGCACCACUUUUCAAUACAAGUAUGGAGAGGAAAACAAUUACAAAUCAUUUUUGGUUGAAAUAAAAUGGGGUGAAAAUUAUCCAAAUGAAUUGCCCACCAUAAAUAUGGAUACAUUUUACAAUAGAAAUCUAGUGGCCCCAGUUAAAUUAGCAAUUCAGACAGCACUGAAAGAAGAAGCCGAACAGUGGUUAGGUUGUGGCAUGACCUACACUCUCUUCGAAUGUUUGAAAGAACGUAUAGAUGAGCUAACAGCAGAACAACCGGAACAUGCAGCCGUUCAAUCUAUAGAUUUGGAUAAGGUAGGUGUAAGUGCAAUACAAAUAUCAGAUAAUGCCGAGGCGGCCAAAAAGGAACCGAAAAAAGAACAGCUUACGAAAGCCCAGAAACGUAGACAAUGGGAAAGAGCUGAUCAUAAGGGAGAUCGUCCCAGAGGUUGGGAUUGGGUGGAUAUUGUAAAACAUUUGUCACAGACAGGCUACAAAGAAGAACAGAAUGCGUCAAAGAAUACAACGCAACUGUUGCAACCAUUAAAUAGCUGAAAAUAUUUUUUAUAAAAAAUAAUGAUAGAAAUUGCUGAGACUCCAGUUUACUGCCUCAAACUUUAUUCACGAUAUAUAUUUUUUUGUUAAUAAACUUUGUUGAGUACUAA